UAACACAACCGCGGAGGCACACAGCGCAGGUCUGUGUUUUGGGGUGUGCGGCCCGGCCGAGAGCUGGAAAAGGGCGCGCACCCCGGCUCUCGCACAAAGCUGCUGCUCUCGAUAGAGCAAGCAACAGCACUUCUCGUCCAGCACCCAUGCUACGAAAUUGCUGAAUUUUCUGUACUGUGCUCAGGGUUGCGAUUGUGGUGUUGAUGGGGCGGCAGUGCGAGGCGUGCGACUGGAACAGACGAGCGGCCAAAACGGAGGCCAAACAGGCCAGGCUGCCCGAGCAGUGCAGGGGCCCGUUGACGGCCUGCAGGUUCACCGUAGCGUACACCAGAGAGGUGGUGGUUGGCGUCGGUCCACAGACCUACCGCACUGAACACCUCAAUUCGGCCUUUGGCGACACCCUCAACAAGGUUACAAGCACGCGGGGAUUCGCGCUGGGAGCGAGACUCGCGCCGAGGUUCGCCGCGACUGCGGUGAAAAGGACGCCUGUGCACGCGAAUAAGCAGGCAGCAGUCUUUUCGGCCAAGAUGGAAUUAACGGGCGUCAGACAGAAUGCCCAACCAUUCAACUCGGGAGCAAGCAGACCGCCUAUCUUCGCCAUCGUAACGGGACCCGGUCCCGGCGCGUACGAGACGCGGCUGCAGCAUGUGUCGAAGCGGAUUCCGUUCCAGACGCACCUGGGCCACGGGCGGACGAUCACGGCGCCGGUGCGCGUCAUCUGCAACAAAGGCGUGCCGGUGCGGUGCCGCAGUUGUGACGCCAGCGUCAACGAGGACUUCUGGAUCGCCAAGGGCCGCUUUGUGUGCAACGAGUGUAAGGCGAGACAGCAGCAGAACGUGGUGUUUGUGAAAGCGCGCGACUGCCGCGAGGACCACCGACACGAGGGCACCGAGGCAGCCGUCCGACUCAGGCCCAGGGACUGCGAGAAAAAGGCCAAAUUCAGAGAGGCCUACCUUGAACUCUACUUCAGCUAGAGAAAGCUUAAAUGUGUCUCAUUUCGCUUUCUUUGUUUACUCGUUAGUGUGUGGUAACUGUCAACGAAGCGACAAAUGUUUGUUUUCUGUAAAUAUACCAUGAGGUAUAUUUUUAACGUGUGCAGGUUUAAGUGACGACCCGAAUUACUGGUUAAUAUAAACAAUUUUUUUGUGAACUGAUGGCGUCAAGGUAGCAAAAAAUAGAAAAUAACUGCUGUGUUAUAGUGUUUUACUUUUAUUUGUUUUUUUAAGGGCUGUUCUUUUUAUUGGGUGUAGCACCGAAAAUGCGUUUAAAAAUCUGCAACAUUUAUUUGAUAAAAGGAAAGGUGAACCUUUUUUAAAUGUUAAAUUUUGACCUAUUUCCUAUAUUUCGGGGACCUAAAUUAACCUCUUUUUUCCAAUGGUUUUAAACUAUCAAUUAGUCAGCCUGACCAAUGACUAUCAAGAGGUGUAAAUUUUACGACGAUCGACAAUAAUUUCUGAGUAUUUGGUCGUCAUGAGACUUUCAAAUGAGCAUAAAUUGUGCAAUUAUUAGCCAUUUGAAAAAUUACUUUAAAUCAUUAAAAUCGGUCCAGAACUGCCAAAACUGUUCAAAUGAUGACCAUAACUGUCUUACACAGUCUGAAUCGGAUAAAAUCUCUUGAAACUAUUGAAGAUUUGGUUCACAAGAGAAAAUUUUCCAAAAAAUUCCUUUUAUAGGUCUUUUUCUAAUUAAUUAUAUUUUUCUGUUGAAAAAAGUUCAGUUUUUAAAGCGUGAAGAUCAGUUUUAUUGCACCUUUUAAAAGUUACAAUUUCUUUUUAUUAGGGACACAAAAAUAUUUUUUUAAUCGAAUUCAGCAUUUUUUUAAACUUGAUCUCAUUUAACACAAAUACUAUAUUCAAAAUAAUUCAAGAGUUGGAAAAUUUAUAUUUGCAAAAAAAAUGAUGCACUUCCGUGACUAGCUAGUCAAAUUGGAUUUAAAUAUUAAAAAUUCAAAUCCCACUGAUAUCAAUCCUUCUCAGUUUAAAUUAUCCAAAGCUUUGAAAAAUUAGCCCUUUUCAAAAAUAGGUUAUUAUUUAUCUUAUUUAGAAGAAAACCUGUGUGAAAUCCAAAUAUAAUAAAAUGCAAGUUGUACUGAUCCAGUAAAUAUGUCUUUAUUCAAAAGAGCUAUGACUGAAUUAAAAUAAAAUGUCAAUAAAA